AUGACGGAACAAUCAGUGAAGAAGGGAAAGAAGAGAGACACCAAGAAAGCCGGAGAGCAGGGGAAUCUGAGAAAGAAAGUUGUACCACUCUUGCUGACUACGAUGUUAAAGUUUGAAUUGGCUGAACAAAGCAGGAAUCGUAGACAUGCUCAUCUAGAAGCCGAGUUACAGUCAUUUGAAGAUCAAGAAGCAAGAGACGCAGACGACGAGACACUCUAA